UUCGCUAGUUCGUGGUUAGACGUGCCAGUGUAAAGAUUGAUAGAUUUUAAUUCUUCGCGGUUGUGAAUUCAACAUAAUGAAGAAUUAUUCAGUAACUACACCAAAUUACUCUCAUGUAUUCAAUUUCGAAUCAGAAUUCAAUGCUCAAAAAACCAGAAUAUGGAUGAUCAACAACUGGACCAAUGCAUAUUAUUACAUUGGAAUUUACUUGAUUUUAAUCUUUGGUGGGCAGUAUCUUAUGCAGAAUCGUCCAAGAUUCGAGUUACGUAGGGUACUAGUUGUUUGGAAUACUUUACUUGCUGCCUUCAGUAUACUUGGAGCAUGUAGAACCUUUCCAGAAUUGAUUCACAUAAUCACAAAUCAUGGAUUAUAUCAUUCUGUAUGUAUUCCUUCCUUCAUUGAAAUCGAUAAAGUGAGUGGUUUCUGGUCAUAUAUGUUUACACUCAGUAAACUUGCAGAAUUUGGAGAUACGGUUUUUAUUGUGCUCCGAAAACAGCCACUUAUAUUUUUACAUUGGUACCACCACAUAACUGUUCUCCUAUAUAGUUGGUUCAGCUUUACAGAAUUCACAUCCAGUGGCAGAUGGUUCGUUGUUAUGAAUUUUUGCGUUCAUUCCAUCAUGUAUUCAUACUAUGCACUUCGAGCUAUAGGAUACAAACCUCCUCGUCAAAUAUCUAUGGUUAUAACAGCUUUACAACUUAUUCAAAUGGUAAUUGGCUGUUUAGUUAACAUUUGGGCUCAUCAGUUACUCCAAAAAAGAACAGAAUGUAAUAUAACUUCUUUGAAUAUCAAACUUUCUACAACAAUGUAUUUUAGUAUGUUCAUUCUAUUUGCUAAAUUUUUCUUUCAAUCUUAUUUGUCCAGUGAAAGAGAGCGUAAAAAGCUCAAGUAGAAUGAUUAUCUUUGUUAAAAUCUAACGUAUUGAAUUUUUAUACAUAGGUAUGUUUCAUUGAAAAAUAGUGAUAAUUCUUGAGAGUAUUUCCAUAAGAGAUAUGAAACAAUGAUUCACCAAUUUUAUCAUAUAAGUGAAAGUUUUUUCGAUCAUUUCCAUAUUCAUUGGAUGAAUUGAAUAGACAUGCAUUGUUGAGCAUAUAUUUUUGUGGGGAAUUAUCUUCGAUCGGAAUUUUGUGUCAGUUAGAGAUCUUUAUAUUAUUACCUUUAUUGUUAUAAUUGAUAAGCUUCAAAUUUAUUUCGUGAAAUUAUGUACGUAUCUUGUUGAUUAUUCAGGGGUUCAUUUAUAUUCAUCUUGUUAUAAUCAGAAUAUCUACUUACAUCAACAUUCUAUUCUUCUACUGUGAUAAGUUAUUUUUAUUGUGAACAUCAAAUGUUAAAAUUUAUUGUGAACAUCAAAUGCUAAAAGUUGAAAUAAAUCAUUGUUUUAAU